GGGGGUGUUGCCUUGAAGCAGUCCUACUGGACCGGGCAGGUUCGGCUGAAAACGGGACUCCUGCGCUCUGGUUAUGAUGGCGACCAGUGAGAGUGAAGAAAAGCGAAGCCUGGCGCUCAGCGGCCAUGUGGGGUUCAACAGCCUCCCCUGUCAGCAGGUCAACAAAUUGGUUGCACAGGGAUUCUGCUUCAACAUCCUCUGCGUCGGAGAGACAGGAAUAGGCAAGUCAACGCUGAUGAACACUCUUUUUGGCAGAGCAUUCGAAAACGAGGAGGCCAGCCACUACGAGGCAGAAGUCAAGCUCCACUCACAGACACACGAUCUGCAGGAGAACACCGUCAAACUCAAGCUGACCGCCGUGCACACCGUAGGGUUCGGAGACCAGAUCAACAAUGAGCAGAGCUACAAGCCCAUUCUCGACUAUCUCGACAUCCAGUUUGAGAAAUAUCUCGAAGAGGAGCUAAAGAUCCAGCGCUCCCUCGUUAACUUCGAUGACAGCAGAAUCCACGCGUGCCUCUAUUUCAUCGCGCCCGUCGGCCAUUCCCUGAAGGCUCUGGACCUCAUCACAAUGAAAAAACUGGAGAGCAAGGUCAACGUCAUCCCCGUCAUAGCGAAGGCAGACAUCGUGUCCAAGAAUGACCUGAAAAUCUUAAAGAGGAAUAUCAUGAAUGAGCUGCGCAGCUACGGAGUGCAGAUUUAUCAGUUUCCUACAGAGGAUGAGGAUGUUGCAGAGAUCAACUCUGCCAUGAAUAAUUGUCUUCCCUUUGCUGUGGUUGGGAGCACAGAGGAUGUUAAAGUGGGGAAUAGGAUGGUGAGAGGACGUCUGUACCCCUGGGGAGCAGUGCAGGUGGAAAAUGAGGAUCAUUGUGAUCUGGUGAAGCUGCGGGAGAUGCUGCUGCGCGUUAACAUGGAGGAUCUCCGGGAGCAAACACAUGCUCGUCACUACGAGCUGUACCGUCGCUGCAAGCUUGAAGAGAUGGGCUUCAAGGACACUGACCCCGACAGCCAGUCGUUCAGCCUUCAGGAGACAUAUGAAGCCAAGAGGAAGGAGUUCAUCAGAGAGCUCCAGCACAAAGAGGAAGCAAUGAGACAGAUGUUUGUGAACAAAGUGAAAGAAACCGAAGCUGAGCUGAAAGAAAAGGAAAAAGUGCUUCACGAGAGGUUCGAGCAGCUCAAGCGUGUGCACCACGAAGAAAAGAAAAAUCUUGAGGAGAAAAGACGAGAGCUGGAGGAAGAGAUGAACGCCUUCAACAGAAGAAAGGUGGCUGCUGAAACGCUGAUGGGACAGGCGCUGCAAGGAUGUUCACAGCAGCCGCUCAAGAAGGACAAAGACAAGAAAAACUUCUUUAGUCUUCCCUCUGCGUGCUCCUUAACCUCAGGAAGGAAUUUGAAUUAGAAGACUCAACUGCAUGAAUCCAUCAAACUAACAAUCAGGUGUUGUAUUUUUACAAUGAUAGAUGAAGAUUUUUAUAAGGUGAAACUGUUCUUCAAGGUGAGUCAGACAGGUCUUCCGUGUUAGCCAAACAUUGCUCUUUAAUCUUUUAAACUGCGUUUGGUCUUUGCAUGACUCCUAAACUUCAUUCCUGCAAGUGUUAA